GGAGGAUUUAUACAUGUCUUGUGAUUCCAUAUCUACAUUAGAAAGUGAUAGCUUGACGCUGGAAAGUCUAGAGGCUGAUUUAUUUGAGGACAUAAGAGCUUCAAUUCAGAAAUCAGGCAAGAUGUCUGAUGCGGCAUAUGGAAAGAGCAAAGUGUCGUCAGGGGUAGCAGGAUUCCAGACUGAUGACUGUAAGCAGCCAUUACCAGGAAUUAAAGAGGACGUGCACAGGUCCUGUGAGUCCAUCUCUACAUUAGAAAGCGAUACCUUGACUCCAGAAAGUAUGGAGGCUAAUUUAUUUGACGAUAUAAGAGCUUCAAUUCAGAAAUCGAGCAAAACUUCCGAUGUGCAGCUGGAUAGAAAUAGCCCAGUGCCAUCAAGGGUUGUAGGACUCCAGACUGGUGACGUGUUAGAGACGACUGGAAUGACUUCUGGGAACAAGUUGAGAGCCUCAUCUUCUAAGAAUUCAAGUACUACCAGCGUGCAACUAUCGGGAAGAAUGACCAAGAAUCAUGCCCGUCCCCCAGUUUUACAG